AUGGCUCCUUUUUUUCAGAAGCGACUGCGAUGCUUUUACUGCAGCGGAAAUUCAAACCAGGUAUACAGGAAUGGUGUCCAGAAGUGGAAAUGCGACCGCUGUCAGGCUGUAAACCAUCUCGAUGAAAAUGGUGAAAUAACCGAUCCUCCUGCUGCUGAAGUAUCGACGGAGAGACGAUUCCAUCGGUAUGCUGCUCCUGUCGCGCAAUCCUUCGAACAACCGGAGCAGCCAAGUGCUGCCGACUCUACCAUUUUCUGCUCAACAUGCCAGAAGAACCAGUAUCUUUUCACUCAGACACUGGCUUCAUACCUACCGGACCCGUCACAUCCGGAAUAUGCAGUCUAUGAGAAGUCAUAUCCUUCGUACAAGCGGAGUUUGGAGGAACGCUACCCACAGGUCUGUGAGAAGUGCAAACCACGAGUCAUUAAGCGCAUCAGACAAGCCGGAUAUGCCGCCAAAACAGACCAUCUGCGGCGCAUGAUGGAGCGUAGCAAGGGCAAAUCAUCCAAGCAAAAGAGGCAUAUGUGGAAAUGGAAGAGUCUUUUGGUCUCCACAGGGGCUUUCGCGUUCUGGUCAAGUGUUGCCGGUCAACUGGUCUGGGACGUUGUGGCUUUUGCGUCUUCUGCUCAUCAGCUGCAGGAUACAGGAAUGGGUUCAUUGUUGAUGUCCUCUAUUGCUAGGCAGUGUGUCACUAGCGUUAUGCAAAACCGCGGUGUUCCUGGAGAAUGUGCUGCUUUUCUUGCGCCAUAUGCUGGAUUAUCGUUGAUUCUCGGCGCAUUUUCUCUCUGGUGGAAUCCAAAACUGAGAUUAAAGGUUGAAGGGCAUCAUGGUAGAUUGAUUGGGUUACAGGAGUACUAUCGCAUUCAAAUUGUUACUCUCAUGGUCAGGUUUAUGGCAUGGGCUGGCUUGCAGGACCCUGCGAUAACAGGUCUUCAUCCACAGCUAAAUCCAUCUAUUCAUGCUUUUGUAGCUAUAUUUACCUUGAUUACAACUAUUGCCUCAACUUCGACUAUCAAAUUUGAGAAGAAACCGCUCGUCGAUUGGCACGACAAUACCGAGAAACUGCUAUCCAAUACUAACAGCCGCGCAGGAACGCCGCUGAUAAGUCCUCCAGAGUCGCAAACCUCCGAGGUGGCCAGCCAGCCAGCCUCUCAGCGAUUUCCAAUUGCUAGCCUUGCACCUCGCCGUUUGGCAACUCCAGAACCAUACGUCCCACCGACUCCUCCUCUUGACCCUCGGCAGGACGAUUUCGAUGCGAUGGACUGGACUCCAUCCCGGCAACCACUCCAGAUCCCGAUCAAAAAUACCAACCAGGCACCAGCAAUAUCCACUUCAACGCUCUUUCAAGGCCAGCUGCCUCAAAUACCGAAACCGCCUUCAUGGAAUCUACGGAAUCCAGUAGCAGAGAAGGUGGAAAAGAUUCAGAAGAAACCAAACCCAUUCCACCAAGCUCCUGUUUUACAGCCCACGCUGUUCUCACAAGAGGACGAUGAGGAUGAGGAAGAAGAAGACAAGCAGCCCAAGCCAGUCCGAACUAAUGCCGUCUUUGCUGCACCCAGGUUUUUCCCUCCAAGUCUAACAGCCGAAACGGGACUGGAAAAUUUAUUUGACCAAGCUUUCUCAAUCGCAGAUGGGCCAGGGAAUACCCGACAGAGCCAGUCUGCUCAAGCUUCCAUCAACCGCAAGUCUGCAGUUGUUGGCAACAAGUCAUCUCAUAUCCUGCGAAUCUCUCUUUUGCUCCUUUGUCUGGGCCUGUGGAUGAGCACAAAGGUCUAUACAGUACCUGCAAAGUCAAUUGAGACGGUGGUACUCGGCAUAGCGUUCCUUGUUGCGGCCUUCUCAUUCCUGGAGUCUUUGAUGAAGCCAAUGUUGGCCUGGAAUGUGACCGAGAUCUUGCUCUCUCUUUUUGAAUUAGUGUCAUGCAUUUACCUGGCCGUGGUACAGGCUCGUCAGAUUUACAACCUAGUAGGUCUGGAUAAUGCUGGGAUAUAUUUGGUCUCCUUCAUGAUGGGACAUGAGAUGUUUGGCCUCGGCCCUUCUUCUCUCAUCCCUCAAACCAGCUCUACCGAGUCUAGUAAUGUCCCCAAAGUCGACAAUAUGGAAAAGGAUAAGAAAUCUCCUGGCUCAUCAACGGAUGGCUCGAUUUCUGCACUCAACAUCAAACAAAAGAGCACAUCUCCAGAUAGCCAGCAUGCUAGUACUCCCCGGAUCGGACGACAAUCAACGACCAACAUCAGAACUAGUCCCAAGACUAACCCUUCAGCCGGCAUCUUCCCCCAAAGAAACCACAAUAGUUUCCCUGAUUUCGCUACUAGAAUGAAAUCAACACCGCAGCCUUCAUUUACACCUUCAACUAAGUUCGCCGGUUAUACCCCAGCUGCCCGACAGCCAACUCUGUCAUUCUCACCUUCAUUUGAUGCAGCUUUACAGGACAGUCCUUUUUCCCCUACCUCUACAGCUUCAGACUACGCCUCAUCAGUUGCGUCAGAAGCCCAAACACCCAUUUCUCAGUCUAGAUUUUUGAACAUAAACCACGACAACGCCAGUCCUUCUAUUAUCAAGUCUCUUAAUCUUAAUGAUGAUCCGGCUCCCCGAGCUCCGCCUACUACACGUUACUCUCUGCGUCAGCGACGGAAUUAA